AUGAGUUUGUGCGAAUACUGCAGCAAUAUUCCCGCCAAGUUGUUCAGCUUCCUCCGCAACGAACAGAGCACAUACGACCACCAGCCCAGCAUAGAAGCUCUGAAAAAAUCGGCUGCCACGGGAUGCAAGGGCUGCCAUCUCAUUCACCACGCAAUAGAGAGUAGUAAUUCCGAGCACGCUGGGAAAUACGCACUCUCACAAACCUGGAACCCGGAAGACCCUGUGCGUUUGAGCAGCACCAAGUUUGGGUGGCAGGUCGUGAGGCUUGGAUGGACAGAGGCUGGUCACUUUCGCGGCUUUGCUGUCCCGCCUGACUGGAAAAAUUCGGAUAGUCUGCAACCUGUUCCUCAUGGGGACCAGGCUGGCUUGCACCUUGUGUACGAGGCUCAGCUGAUACAGCACUGGUCAAAAGAUUGCCUGGAAAACCACAAAACUUGCCUUCAUGGGACACGCUCCCUUCCAACUCGACUCAUCGAUGUGGGAAGCUCUGGUGACCCGAAACUGGCCUUGGUGUUGAGUUCGGACAUCAAGGCUGCGGAUCAACGGUACAAUGCACUGAGUCACUGCUGGGGUCUAACCAUGCCAGCGGCUGGUAAAACAAGAUCAAAAACACUAAGUGAUCAUCUGGUUUCCAUUACGGAGGGGGAUCUGCCCCGAACCUUUCAAGAUUUCAUCCAAAACACUCGCCGUAUUGGGAUACCAUACGUCUGGAUCGACUCGUUGUGUAUUAUUCAAGAUUCGCGCGCCGACUGGGAACAAGAAGCCGCUCAAAUGGCAUCCGUAUACUCCAAUGCAUAUCUCACUAUAGCGGCAUCGGGAUCUGCAGAUGGCCGUGGUGGAUGCCAAGUGGUUGAUGCUGUUCGAUCUUGCGGUCCUGUAGACAUUGAGUGUCAUGUCAACGUCGACGCCUCAACAUCCGAGACGCCGUUGGAGACUUCACGAACGAUUCGCCUCUGGAGUAGGGACACAUACCCAAUUGGACAGAUUCUGGGGAUCGAUCCCUUGACGCAGCGAGGAUGGACUCUUCAAGAACGAGAGCUCUCACCUCGUAUAGUUCACUACUGCAAAGACACAAUCCGUUGGGAAUGUCGCGAAUUGAGAGCAACCAUCGAGUUCCCCUGGGGCGACCCUGCUUCCUUUGACGUCGGACGCCUCUUUGAUGGAGGAUCAUUCGCGAGACCAACUCUCAUCGGUAUGCCACGCAGCGGCUCAAAGCCGAUAGACUCCGUCACAAAGCAGAGGCUCUCGUGGUUCGAGCUUGUCGACCGCUACACCAGCCGUGCCCUCACCAAGCAAACAGACAUACUUCCAGCUUUUUCUGGUAUCGCAAGAUCCAUAGCCGAAUCCACCUCGGACGAAUACUAUGCGGGUCUUUGGAAGUCGUAUUUUGCUCAUUGUCUCAUGUGGGCGAGUAACUGGCAUGUUGGCCGCGGAUUCAAGCAACACAGUCGGCCGUCGGACUACCUUGGACCCAGUUGGUCGUGGGCAUCUGUCAAGGGACCGAUUCAUUACCUGUCAUGGAUUAAUGGCUACUGGCAUAGCUUCAACGCCAACCCAGAUCCAGCAUACACACCUCGACUAGUUGACAUGUUCUUGCAAGCUUCUUCGGAUCCGUACGGCGCCCUCAAGGCUGGGACACUGACGAUCGAGGGCAAGGUCGGAAUGGCAUUUUAUAAACAGGAACAGUACGCGACGCCAAAGGAUCACCUCAACGUAACGUUUACCCCUGGCCAUCAAGAUCGACAAACUCUCUUGUCGUUGAGUGCAGGAAAGAUUGAGAAAACCGGGGAGAUGCGCCUUGAUGUUCCGCUCUGCGCUGAUUGCUCGCCUGUUGGGAAAGUAACGCUGCUCUGGCUUUUGUGCUGUAUGAAUAGUGAGAAAUCUGCAGAUGGCAAAAUGAGCACGUCUGGGAUAGUUCUUCUGGGUGCGGAUGAGGUGAUGGGACAGACACCAAUGUCUUCUGUGGUGCCGACUCGUUUCCGCAGAGUAGGGAUAGCAUGGGGAAUUAACCCAGAAUUUUGGGACAGAGGUGUUUCUACGACGAUUACGAUAGUGUGA